CCCAGCACGGGGGCAGUCUGUGUGGCAGCUGCUGUUGCUGCUGUGGGACUCGUGUGGAGGUGGGACUCGGGAGCGCAGGGCCCGCGUGUGUCCCCGAGAUGUGUGAGGGUAGGACCACGCGGGGCCAUGCCGGUGCUCUGUGGCUGUCGCUGCUGCUGUCCCUCGUGUGUGGUGGGGCAUCAUCGGACCUCAAGAUCUGCUCCUUCAACAUUCAGACGUUUGGCCAAGCCAAGGCAUCCAAGCCCCACGUGAUGGAGAUCAUCGUAAAGAUCAUAUCUCGGUGUGACGUCACACUCGUGAUGGAGAUCCGGGACUGCAAGAACUGUACACUCCCUCGCCUUAUGGAGCAACUCAACAACCAGCACAGGGGGCAUCCCUACUCCUACGUGGCGAGCAAGCGCCUGGGACGGGGCUCGUACAGGGAGCAGUACGCGUUCGUUUACCGGAGCAACCUGGUGAAGCUGCGUGACUCCCACCAGUACAAGGAGAACGACGCGCAGGGGCCCUGCGUGUUUCUCCGCGAGCCCUUCUCGGUGCGUUUCCACUCACCCAAGACAGCGGUGCAGGAUCUGAUCCUGGUGGGCCAGCACACCUCGCCAAAGAGCGCCGUGUCGGAACUGCAGAAGCUGCAUACCGUGUUUGAGGAAGUUGUGCGGCUCUGGGGAAACCAGAACGUGAUGCUGCUGGGAGACUUCAACGCCGCCUGCGGCUACGUCUCGGCCACCAACUGGUCCCACGUGCGCAUUCGGGACCCGUCGUUUCACUGGGCGAUCGGGGACGAUGUGGACACCACUGUGAACAAGAACACGGAUUGCGCCUACGACCGAAUCGUGGUGCACGGGACGGAGUUACGCAGUGCGCUGGUUGCUGGAUCUGCGAGGGCGUUCAACUUCCAGAAGAAGUAUGGACUCAGCAAUGAGAAGGUUGGCAUCCAAUGCGGGUCGCUUGCCCAUGCAAGCAAGGGCAAAGCACAAAGGGGCUUCCCCUCGCCAGCAAUGUCGUGUACCACGGCUCUGUACUGUCUCCGGAGACCACCUGCUGAGUGACGGCUGGGUGGAUGAAGGAAUUUAACGCUGCGUCAAUGCCAAGUCGACACCUCCGAGAUCCCGGGUUCCAUUCGGGCAGCCGUCCACAAUUGGACUGGGUUCUCAAGAGUAGAGAGUUGGUGGUCUCACCAUGGUCACCAUUGAGUGCACACAUUUUUUCUAAACUAAUAUUAAGAAUCAAAUUUAGAUUUUAUAUGCUACAAACUCUUUUGUAGAAGACAUAAACUACAGUAUAUAAAAGGUGGGCCUCUGGUGUGGGCACAGUGGUCGAUUGAAGUAGCUUAAAAGUCAUUGUGCGAUGCCAUGAGAGUUCGGAGUGGAGAUGUUUGUAAUGUGUGAUACGAUGCUGAUAGCACAAUGCAAAUUAGGAUGAAUAAUUUAUUUUCCAAGAACGUUAUUUAAAAAUGCCACGUGAAUAUGCGUGUGUGUAUACAUAUGUAGAGGUGUUACGGGAGGGGGACACGCGGUUGUAGGGCGGUGGCCACA